GCUAGCGGUAUAAAAGUCUUCACCAAAGCUAUCUACCCACUUGCACUAUCUGACGGUUUGAGAUGCCGAGCGUCGACUCACCUCCAGCUCCUCGCCAUGCUCGUCCUCCCCCAACCAAAGAGCCCCUUGACUAUGCAGACCUAUCCAUCAUCGAUUUUUCCCACAUUCGCCACUCUGAGGGUCGCAUGAAGCUUGCUCUCCAAGUCCGUGAGGCAAUGACUACGCAAGGGUUCUUCUAUGUGGUCAAUCAUGGGUAUACGCAAAGACAGAAUGAGCGUAUAUUUGACAUCGCGGACAUCCCGUUCGCUACCAUGACAGAUCAAGAGAAAACUUUGUUUGCUUCGGAUAUUAAAGGCGCAGGUUCAUAUCAAGGAUAUAAGCGGCGAGAAUAUUUGCAUGUCGAUGCCGGUGUCCGAGAUCAGGUCGAACAUUACAACAUCAAUCAUGACGUAACGCGGAAGGAACAUCCUGCAGCACUGCGCCCUCUUCUACCAGAGAUUGAAGCGUUCAUGCAAUUCAACCAUUUUCAUUUACUUCACAAUAUACUCUGUCUUUUCGCCAUAGGGUUGGAACUCCCAGAGGACACGUUGGUGAAGACCCACGAUUGGUCCGCUCUGGAGGAGACGUAUGUUCGCUUCACGAAAUACCGUCCCCGCUCUGAGGACGACGAGAUAAAGACUAAGAAUGUCUGGCUCAAGGGGCACACAGAUCUCGGAAGCAUCACAAUAUUGUGGAGCCAGCCAGUUGCAGCACUGCAGAUUCUCUCCCCGGACAGGAAGUGGCGGUGGAUCAAACACAUUGACAACGCACUGGUCGUGAACGCCGGCGAUGCCAUGGAGUUCCUCUCGGGUGGAUUCUACAAACCGACCAUCCAUCGCGUCGUGCAGCCUCCUGAGGACCAACGCGGCCGAACGCGUCUUGCGCCCGGCAGGGUCAUGGCGUAUGGCCUGACGGAGAGGACGAAGAGAGAGGAUGGUGUUGAACAGGAGCUCGUCAACGGGCUCGCGGUGAACUAUUAUAGCUGA